AGUAAAAAUAUAAGAGAGCCAAUGUCAGCAAAAGAUUAAAUGAUAACAUACUUGAACAGUAUAGUGUUAGUACCGAGUUCAAAACUUUAAAUGCCAUAUAUUCAGAACUGGUUUUUAGAAAGUUUAAAUCGUUAAAAUGCAAAAGGUUACGUUUAUUUUCAUGAGUUUGCUCGUCACCUACAGCUGUUUAAGAAGUACGGCCACCCACGCAAAUAUAAUUCUUAAAAUUGUUGGAGGCAGAACUGCUCGUCAAACAGACUGGCCGUGGCAAGCGACACUGAUUAUCACAAAACCCUUUGGCCUUCCGAAACGAAUGGUAUGCGGUGGAACGCUGGUUAAUCCAUUCUGGGUGCUAACUGCUGCCCAUUGUGUCAGAGAAUACAGGGCAAUAACCGUAACGUUUAACACGUUUAAUAGAACAAGCCAGCGAAACCACCAAGUUGCUGAUGUUCAGACACAUCCGUGUUACGACCCUACAAAUCCACGACAAAGUGUAAACUUGGCUUUAGUGAGAUUAAGGUACCCAGAACCGCUGUCCAGUGUGGUGUGCCUCGACGAAACUGUCCUUCAACGGGAUUGGGUCGUAUUAAGAGGUGGUGGUACCUUGCGUGAAUGUAUUGCUACAGGAUAUGGAUUGUUAGCUUGGAAUAGUACACAGAUGUCCACCACCCUUCAAGAAGUUUUAUUUCCAUUCGUGUCCAAAAGACGUUGCGAAACGUUUUAUUUGGACCAAAUAUCUGACGAUAAAAUUUGCAGCUAUGGUGCGCAUGGGAGGGACACGUGUAAUGGUGACGUCGGAGGACCAUUGGUGUGUCCAUUAAGAACAACUCAAAAUAUUUGCAGAGGAUAUUACCUCGUUGGUGUGGUACAUGGAGGUCGGGAGCCUUGUGGCUUAACCGGUGUUCCAACAGUAUACACGGCUGUUGGUCCAAACCUUCAAUGGGUAAAACUGAUCAUUAACGAGUACGGAGGUACCAUAGAUGCUACACGACUAAUAUCUUGUAGUGGAAGAGCUACCCCCAAAAGCACUCGGCCAUCUGCUCUGGAUGUUUUUGGCUUGCAUUUUUUACCAGAAGCCACAGAAAGUACAAACACCACGUCCACAUAAAAUUGCUCUGUAUUUGAUUU